UCUCUCUCUCUCUCUCUCUCUCUCUUGCUGAGCUCUGCUGCUCUGCGAAAACCUUCUCUGCUGCUUCAUCAUUUCCGUUGCCCUCACUUGUCGAGCUUCUCGUUUUCUUGGAUCCCUGUUUGGUAGUUUCUCAUUUCCUCUUCGUAUUAAGGUAUGAUGCUUCGUGAACCAGUUUCUUCUUUACGAAUCUGUAUAAAGUUGGGAUCUUGAUGUGAAAUAUAUCCCAUGAGGUGUAUCUGAGAGUGGGAUUCCGUAAAAUGGUGCUCCUGUUGUGACAUUUAUCUUGUCCAACAGCUUGUGAAAUAGUUUGCUAUGGGAGGAGGUCCGGGGCUCAAUACUGUACCGAAUUCUAACCGUAUUGACAAGUCAAGAGUGCUGGACGUGAAGCCUCUUCGCAGUUUGGAACCCGUCUUUCCAAAUGCUAAUCAAGGUCCUCCAUUUGUGUGUUGUCCUCCUUUCGGCCCUUUCACUUCCGGAUUUUCACCAUUUUUCCCGUUUGGAGCUUCCCAAUCAUCGCACUAUACUCCAGAUCUCAACCAGACCGAGAACCCAUCUCCUGCAUUUGUUCCACCUCUUCGAUCAUUCAGAGAACCUACAGUAUCAAAUGGCCCCAGCAGCUCGGGCGGCCUCAGUGGAUCUAAAAGAGGAUAUGGCCGUCCAAAGGGCUCAACCAAUUUGAAGAAGAAGGAGAAGAAAGCUGUGAACAAGGGGCCCGGCUCACCUGCCAGUAGGCAGGAGGAAAGCUCUAAUCAAAACUUUGACAGUGGGAUCACCGUAGCAGAACGAGAAGAUGGAAAUAGGGAAAUCGUUCUUAGCGUAUUGGCACGGUUCGAUGCAGUCAAGAGGCGGCUUAACCAAUUAUUAGAUGCGAAGCACGCAACUUUUAAAUCGGCGGGUGCUUUGAUGAGCAGAGGGGUCCGCACAAAUAUGAAAAAGAGAGUCGGGUCCGUUCCUGGAGUUGAGGUGGGCGAUAUCUUCUAUUUCCGGAUAGAGAUGUGUUUGGUGGGUCUUCAUAUGCAGACAAUGGCUGGCAUCGACUAUUUGAUUGUUAAGGGUGGGAGUGAAGAAGAUCCUUUAGCAACGAGCAUUGUUUCAUCCGGACAUUAUGAUGAUGAUGCCGAGGAUCCUGACAGUUUAAUUUACAGCGGACAGGGUGGUAAUGCGGACAAGAACAGGCAAGCAUCUGAUCAGAAACUUGAAAGGGGAAAUCUCGCGUUAGAGAGAAGCUUAAGGAAUAGCAAUACAGUAAGAGUCAUACGAGGAGUAAGAGAUGUGACUAGUCAAAAUACAAAGAUCUAUAUAUAUGAUGGGCUUUUCUCGAUCAAAGAAUCAUGGGUAGAGAAGGGAAAAUCUGGCUGCAACACGUUCAAGUAUAAAUUGGCGAGGCUACCGGGCCAGCCACCUGCUUUUGCUGUCUGGAAAUCAGUUCAGAAGUGGAGGGAGGGUUUGAUCACGAGAACAGGGCUUAUCCUUCCGGAUCUCACCUCGGGAGCUGAAAGUGUACCUGUUUCGCUUAUAAAUGACGUGGAUGACGAUAGGGGGCCUGCAUAUUUCACUUAUAUCUCAACCUUAAAGUACUCAGAAUCCUUCAGACCAACACACCCGACAGUUGCCUGCACCUGUCGUAACUCAUGUGCACCUGGAAAUCUUAACUGUUCUUGCAUCCGGAGAAAUGAGGGUGAUCUCCCUUAUGUUAACGGGACUCUAGUCUCUCGAAGGCCGAUGAUAUAUGAAUGUGGUCCGACCUGUCCGUGUAAUGCCAGUUGCAAAAGCAAGAUCGUCCAGACAGGAUUGAAACUCCGUUUGGAAGUGUUUAAGACAGAGAAUCGUGGGUGGGGUCUACGUUCGUGGGAUCCUAUUCGAGCUGGUUCUUUCAUAUGCGAAUAUGCUGGUGAGCUCAAAGACAAAGCCAAGCUAAGUCAGGAAGAUGAAGAAGAUGAGUACAUUUUCGACACAUCUCGGGCAUAUAACCCUUUUAGAUGGAAUUAUGAACCUGCACUGGUGGAGGAGUAUACUUCAGAGGAGACUUUAGAGGAGUUUGAUCUUCCAUCACCACUUGUUAUCAGUGCCAAGAGUUUCGGGAAUGUUGCUCGGUUUAUGAAUCAUAGUUGCAGUCCCAAUGUUCUAUGGCAGCCAGUUGUUUAUGAAUGCAAUGGGGAAUCGUUUAUCCACAUUGCUUUUUUCGCCAUCCGGCAUAUUCCUCCAUUGACUGAGUUGACUUACGAUUACGGUUUUUCCUGUACAAACGGGACUGGAGCUGGAAGUUCUGUGUGUGGGAAGAGAAAAUGUCUGUGUGGAUAUGAUAAGUGCCGCGGCUCAUUUAGUUAACAGUGGAAAGAGCACUUCUUGCUAUUGGUCGGGUAUAAGGCUUUUUUAAUCAACUGCAAGAUGCAAGCUUGGAUCUUGAAGGAACUCCAUGAUGCAGACACUACUAUGGCUGAACUGUUUCUAUUGUCAGAGUCAGGACACAUGAUGUGUAGUAGAGUACAAGGUGGGAAGAAAGCCUUUCUGAAAUGCUUUUUGGAGGGGUUGAAUCUGGUUGAUGAGUUUAAUAACUUUUUUGUUGUGAUGUUAGUAAAUCUUUAAAGGGUAGAAACUUUUGGGUGCCAUUUCUUGUAAAACUUUAUAUUCAGCCUUGUAAAUUCUCUGGCACCAUUCCGGGUUAGGUUCAUGUCUAGUGGUAGCUAGCUUCCUGCAUGUUCUUUUGGUGUAAUGUUUUCCAUUUCCAUUGAAGGAAAGAUCAAAUCUUUGUCCA